ACUAUUCGCCCAGUACAAAACCGCAGCGCCUCCGCCUACCUGAAAAAACUGAUUCCUCCGCCACCGCCUCACUUUCUUCGCUCUUCCAUUAUCUCCGCCGGAGCUCCGAUUGGACAUGAACUGAAGCAAUGGACCAAAACCAGAGACCAUCCUCCUCGGCGUCAGCUGCCUCGCGAGCUUACCAGUUCCACCCAGCACGCGCCGCAAUUGUCAAUCUUUUCGACCUCUACUUAGGAAGAAGUAGCCGCCAAAAAUCCGAUGAUUCAGUUCGAGAACUUCCGAACAAGUCACAGAAGCGUGUACUUGCUCUUAAUCAGCUUCCACCUCGAAACGAGCAGUUCCUACUGGAUUUUGAACAACUGCAGAGCCAGUUUCCUGACCAAGAUCAACUGAAUGUCGUGACAGAGUCUGUACUUAUAUCUUUAGUCGUGCAAUGCAGCAAUCAUGCGCCGCGGGCGGAGUUUCUUCUCUUUGCUCUAAGGAGCUUGUGUACUAUAGGUCACAUUAACUGGGAUACUUUUUUGCCGUCCCUUCUUUCUUCAGUCUCUGCUGCAGAAAUGUCAGUUGGUCAAGGUAGUCAAGCAAUGCCUGCUGUUUCAUCGCAGUCCGGUAUGCUUCCAUCUUUGAAUGCAAUCCCCAACUCGUCUAAUUUCCAAUCUUCAAGUCCUGCCUCUCCAUUACCUUCAGUGCAUGGCAUUGGUUCCCCCAGCCAGUCUGCUAUUGAACCAUCAUCUAUGUCACCGGUUAAAUCAUCUGACAUAGCCUCCAAUGGACAGCAGGCUACGGCAAGGUUCAACUCAUCUAUAAGAGAUAAUGCCAUAAGCAGUCUUCGUCAGCUGUGCUGCAAGAUCAUUUUAACUGGAAUCGAAUUUAAUUUAAAACCAGUGACUCAUGCUAACAUCUUUUCCCAUAUGCUUAAUUGGCUGGUUAAUUGGGACCAAAAACAACUUGGGGUUGAUGAAUCUGAUAGUGUAAGAUCCUGGAGACCUGGAAAGGCGCUAAUUGAAUGGCUACAUAGCUGUUUGGAUGUGAUUUGGCUUUUGGUUGACGAUGAUAAAUGCCGAGUGCCCUUCUAUGAAUUACUGCGAAGUGGGUUGCAAUUUAUGGAGAAUAUACCUGAUGAUGAAGCCUUAUUUACUCUAAUCUUGGAGAUCCAUAGGAGACGAGAUAUGAUGGCCAUGCACAUGAAAAUGUUAGAUCAACACCUACAUUGCCCUACUUUUGGGACUCAUCGGAUUUUCACGCAGACAACUCCUAGUGUUUCAGGAGAAGCAGUAGCAACCUUGCGGUAUUCACCAAUCACAUAUCCAAGUGUUCUUGGAGAACCAUUGCAUGGAGAGGACCUUGCAACUUCAAUUCCGAAGGGAAGUUUGGAUUGGGAGAGAGCUUUGCGUUGCAUAAGGCAUGCUCUUUGUACUACUCCAUCACCUGACUGGUGGAAACGGGUGCUGCUUGUAGCCCCCUGCUACAGGUCUCCUUCUCAAGGACCUACUCCUGGUGCUGUUUUCAUCUCUGAAAUGAUUUGCGAGGCAACAAUUGAUAGAAUUGUUGAGCUAUUGAAAUUGACCAAUUCAGAUAUUAAUUGCUGGCAAGAGUGGCUUGUCUUUUCGGAUAUAUUCUAUUUUCUUAUAAAAAGUGGCUGUAUUGAUUUCGUUGAUUUUGUGGACAAGCUAGUUUCACGCCUUAACGAGGGUGAUCAACAAAUUCUUAGGACAAAUCACGUCACUUGGCUUCUUGCUCAAAUUAUUCGGGUUGAACAUGUGAUGAAUGCUCUAAAUCAAGAUGCUAGAAAGGUGGAGACAACAAGAAAGAUCCUAUCAUUUCAUAAAGAAGAUAGGAGCUCAGAUCCAAAUAGUCCUCAAAGUAUACUGCUGGACUUCAUAAGCAGUUGCCAGAAUUUACGUAUUUGGUCGUUGAACACAACAACUAGAGAAUAUCUGAAUAAUGAGCAGCUUCAGAAAGGAAAGCAAAUAGAUGAAUGGUGGAGGACAGCGAGCAAAGGGGACCGAAUGAUGGAUUAUAUGAAUAUGGAUGAAAGGUCAAUUGGGAUGUUUUGGGUUGUGUCUUACACCAUGGCGCAGCCAGCUUGUGAAACUGUGAUCAAUUGGUUAUCCUCUGCUGGGGUUAUAGAGUCGUUACCAGGAACAAACUUACAGUCCAAUGAGAGGCUAAUGGUUAUGCGGGAAGUAUGUCCACUGCCGAUGUCCUUGUUAUCUGGCUUUUCAAUGAACCUAUGUUUAAAGCUGGCGUAUCAAAUGGAAGAAUCCUUAUUUUCUGGGCAGGUUGUACCUAGUAUUGCCAUGGCUGAAACAUAUUGUAGGCUGCUGCUCAUUGCACCUCAGUCAUUAUUUCGUUCUCAUUUCAAUCAUUUGGCGCAAAGGAAUCCCUCGGUAUUGAGCAAGCCAGGCGUAACUCUUUUAGUGCUUGAAAUGUUGAAUUACCGUUUGCUUCCACUUUACAGGUACCAAGGAAAAAGCAAAGCCUUGAUGUAUGAUGUUACGAAAAUAGUUUCUGCUCUAAAAUCAAAACGUGGAGACCAUCGUGUAUUUAGGUUGGCUGAGAACUUGUGUAUGAAUCUUAUUCUGUCUCUGAGAGACUUUUUCUUGGUGAAAAGAGAAGGGAAGGGUCCAACUGAAUUCACAGAAACUUUGAAUCGAGUAACUGUUGUCACUCUUGCAAUCAUCAUUAAGACACGAGGAAUUGCAGAUGCUGAACAUCUGCUUUAUCUUCAAACCAUGUUAGAGCAGAUAUUAGCCACUAGUAAUCACACAUGGUCAGAGAAAACACUACGCUAUUUCCCUUCUCUUCUACGUGAUGUUUUGAUCCAACGGAUUGAUAAAAGGGGCCUGGCAAUUCAAGAAUGGCAGCAGGCCGAAACCACUGUGAUUAACCAAUGCACCCAGCUUCUGUCACCUUCCGCUGAUCCUAAAUAUGUAAUGACCUAUAUCAGUCACAGUUUUCCUCAACACCGACAAUAUCUAUGUGCUGGUGCAUGGAUCCUGAUGCAAGGGCACCCAGAAAACAUUAACAGCGUAAACUUAGCACGUGUCUUGAGAGAGUUUUCUCCUGAGGAAGUAACAUCUAAUAUUUAUACAAUGGUGGAUGUUCUGCUUCAUCACAUUCAGUUGGAACUUCAGCAUGGCCAUUCUUUUCAGGAUCUUUUAUUGAAAGCUUGUGCAAACCUAGCUUUUUAUAUUUGGACCCAUGAGUUGCUCCCUUUGGAUAUUUUGCUCCUGGCACUUAUUGAUCGUGACGAUGACCCCCAUGCUUUGCAUAUCGUGAUUAGUCUACUUGAUAGGCAAGAACUUCAACAGAGGGUGAAACUAUAUUGUGUGAAUCGAGGUCCCCCUGAACACUGGCUUUUCUCUGGACCCUUUAAGCGAGUUGAAUUGCAAAAGGCCCUUGGGAAUCAUCUAUCCUGGAAGGACAGGUAUCCUACUUUCUUCGAUGAUAUUGCAGGGCGUUUGCUCCCAGUCAUUCCGUUGAUAAUUUAUAGACUAAUUGAAAAUGAUGCCAUAGAUUCAGCUGAAAGAAUUCUGGUCAUGUAUUCUACAUUUCUUAAAUACCACCCUUUAAGAUUUACAUUUGUUCGUGACAUACUUGCAUAUUUUUGGCAUCUUCCCGGAAAGCUCAUUGUCCGAAUAUUGAAUGGACUCGAAGUCAACAAGAUCCCAUUUUCUGAGUCAUUCCCGGUGCAUAUGAAUUUAUCAAAUUCCACCAUGUGCCCACCUGCCGAUUACUUUGCAACUCUCUUACUGGGACUAGUGAAUAAUGUCAUUCCUCCAUUGCAUAACAACUCAAAAUCUGGAGCGAAUGAUGCUUUAAAUAAUUCAAUGCGUGCCCCACCUAACAAGACUCCUCCAACGUCGCAGUCUGGGCAAGCAAAUGUUUCUGAUGGCCAAAAAGCAUUCUUUCAAAUUCAGGAUCCAGGCACAUAUACUCAGCUGGUUCUUGAAACAGCAGUCAUUGAACUGCUCUCUCUUCCUGUAUCUUCAUCCCAGAUUGUAUCAUCACUGGUUCAGAUUGUCAUCAAUAUACAACCAACAUUAAUUCAAUCCAGCAAUGGCCUGCACGGAGCUCCAAAUGGUGUUGGGCAAGGCUCUGUUUUACCAACAUCCCCUUCGGGCGGAAGCACAGAUUCCUUGGGCACGAGCAGGUCAGCUGCUUCAGGGUCAGGAAUAAAUGCAUCUAACUUUGUUUCUCGAAGUGGUUAUACAUGCCAACAGUUGUCUUGCUUAUUGAUCCAAGCAUGUGGUCUUCUACUGGCUCAACUGCCUCCUGAUUUUCAUAUGCAACUCUAUCUAGAGGCAUCACGUAUAAUAAAAGAAACAUGGUGGCUCACUGAUGGCAAAGGGUCAAUGGGAGAAGUAGACUCUGCUGUCGGUUAUGCUUUGUUGGAUCCAACAUGGGCUGCUCAAGACAAUACCUCGACCGCCAUUGGUAAUAUUGUUGCCCUGCUUCAUUCGUUUUUCAGUAACCUCCCACAUGAGUGGCUAGAAGGAACCCAUCUUAUCAUCAAACAUCUCAGGCCAGUGACUUCAGUUGCAAUGUUGAGAAUAGCAUUCCGGAUAAUGGGUCCCUUGCUCCCUAAACUAGCCACUGCGCACGCCCUCUUCAGUAAGGCUCUGUCAUUGAUUUUAAGUAUGAUGGUAGAUGUCUUCGGGAAGAAUGUACAGCCUCCAAUUCCAGUCAAGCCAUUAGAAAUAGCAGAUAUAAUUGACUUCUUCCAUCACAUCGUCCACUAUGAAGGGCAGGGAGGUCCUGUGCAGGCUAACAGCAAGCCCAGACCAGAGGUUUUAGCUCUCUGUGGAAGAGCUGCGGAAAGUCUGCGUCCGGACAUACAACACCUUCUUUCCCACUUAAAACCCGAUACGAAUUCUUCCAUUUACGCUGCUACGCAUCCCAAGUUGAACCAGAAUUCGUCGUAAAUUUUUGGGUUUUUUAGCAUCUCUCAUAAGCUGAUUGCACCAUUUGUUGGGAUAAUUAUAGAACACCAGCCAGGACGUUCCUUUCUGGAGUAUGUAAAGUCGUGUAUAGUGUAACAUUAUGUAUCCAGCGACAGAAAUAGGCAGGCUUUGGGUGGGUUUCUUGUAGAUUUUCAUAAAAUAAAUCUCUUUUUAUUCGAGCAAUAUUGUAAUAUAAUUCGAACCUAAUUAGUUAAUCAUCAUAUCACCAUCGUAUAAUUAGUUUUAA